GAAUGAAUCUGGAAAAACUCAGCAAGCCUGAACUCUUGACACUGUUCAGUAUUCUUGAAGGGGAGCUUGAAGCAAGGGACCUUGUUAUCGAAGCUUUAAAGGCCCAACACCGAGAUACUUUCAUUGAAGAACGCUAUGGAAAAUAUAACAUCAGCGAUCCUUUAAUGGCUCUCCAGAGGGACUUUGAAACUCUCAAGGAGAAGAACGAUGGCGAGAAGCAGCCCGUGUGCACAAACCCGCUCUCCAUCCUGAAGGUGGUGAUGAAGCAGUGUAAGAACAUGCAGGAGCGCAUGCUGUCCCAGCUGGCUGCUGCCGAGAGCAGGCACCGCAAGGUAAUUCUUGACCUUGAAGAAGAAAGGCAGAGGCAUGCACAGGACACAGCUGAAGGAGACGACGUCACCUACAUGCUGGAGAAGGAGAGAGAGCGACUGACUCAGCAGUUGGAAUUUGAAAAGUCCCAAGUGAAAAAAUUUGAAAAAGAGCAGAAGAAGCUCUCCAGCCAGCUGGAAGAGGAACGCUCCCGCCACAAGCAGCUCUCCUCCAUGCUGGUGCUCGAAUGCAAGAAAGCCACCAGCAAGGCCACCGAGGAGGGCCAGAAGGCAGGAGAGCUGAGCCUGAAGCUGGAGAAGGAGAAGAGCCGGGUGAGUAAGCUGGAGGAAGAGCUGGCAGCUGAGAGGAAGCGAGGCCUGCAGACAGAGGCCCAAGUGGAGAAGCAGUUGUCAGAGUUUGACAUCGAAAGGGAACAACUGAGAGCGAAGUUGAACCGAGAAGAGAACCGGACCAAAACUCUGAAAGAAGAGAUGGAAAGUUUGAAGAAGGUAGUGAAAGACCUAGAGGCUUCCCGCCAGCACAGUAGUCCUAAUGAGCAGUCAAAGAAGCCAUUGACCGUGUCCAAAGGCACAGCAACUGAACCUCCCAUGCUAGUGUCCGUAUUUUGCCAGACAGAGAGUUUUCAGGCAGACAGAGCCCACGGGAGCAACACAGGCCAGGUGGCAAGCACAGCACUCCCUACCACUCCUACUUACUCUUAUGCAAAAACCAAUGGCCAUUGUGAGCCAGAGAUACAAACGACAAGAGAGGUGACAGCAGGCAGCAGUGUAGAAAACCAGGUGCCACCACGAGAGAAAUCUGUGGGAGUGACCCAAGAAAAAGCAGUGGAGAAUGGUGCAUGUCCCGUGGGAAUCGAGUCUCCAGUCUCAGUGUCCAGUCACCUCCCUUCUAGUGGGAGCUCACUGUCUCCCAGCAGCACUGCCUCCUCCUCACUCACAUCCUCCCCCUGCUCUUCACCAGUACUGACUAAGCGCUUGUUAGGGUCGUCAGCUAGCAGCCCUGGCUACCAGUCCUCCUACCAGGUAGGGAUCAACCAGCGUUUCCAUGCAGCUCGACACAAGUUUCAGUCACAAGCGGAUCAGGACCAACAAGCAAGUGGUCUGCAAAGCCCUCCAUCCAGGGAUCUGUCCCCUACCCUCAUGGACAACUCUGCUGCCAAACAGCUGGCCCGAAACACAGUCACUCAGGUGCUUUCCAGAUUCACCAGCCAGCAAGGGCCGAUCAAGCCCGUGUCUCCCAAUAGCUCUCCUUUUGGCACAGACUAUCGAAAUCUAGCCAAUACUGCCAACCCCAGAGGCGACCCCAGCCAUUCGCCUACUCCAGGGAAAGUGUCCAGUCCUCUGAGCCCCCUCUCCCCUGGGAUCAAGUCUCCCACCAUCCCCAGAGCCGAGAGAGGGACUCCUCCACCCAUCCCACCCAAAAAGCCUGGCCUCACCCCAUCUCCUUCCCCUACCACUCCGCUUACCAAGACCCAUUCCCAGGCUUCCUCUUUGGCUGCCACAGAAGACCUUGCCAGCAGCUGUUCUUCCAGCGCCGUCGUGGCCAAUGGCAAGGACGUUGAGAUACUUUUGCCUACCAGCAGCUAGUCCCUAGAAGGGAAUCUCCACAUGUGACAUUCCAUCUGAUUUCGGUGAAGAGCUCAAACUGUUAAGUCAGAUCAUGUUAUUUAUUUUGAUAGUAGCUGAAACUGUCUGUACAGUCCAUUUAGUGUAUUUCACCUUUUUGUACUUUUUUUAAAUGGAAACUGAUUAGUUUGAUUUUUACAACUCAGAUCUUUAUACUGCAGCUAGAAGGGCACCUCAGAGAUGUGGCGCGCUCGGCAGUCACCACCGUGUUGUGAUAGAGAAAGCUGAUUGAGUGGUGAUUUGCUGCCUAUUUUGGGACUAGAAUCACUCAACAACUUCCAUUGUUAAUUAUGCAGAAGUAGUACAGACAGAUUUUUAUUCCAGAUGAACAUGUUUUAAAAGUGCCUGAAAUAAGACUGCCACAUGAAUGUGAUUCUGCAGCGAAUACACGAAGUAAACCCUUUAACUGCCACAAAGGAGAUCCUCGGUGAAUUCCGAAUGUUAAAACCAACACUGCUUUUAAGUCUCUUUUACUGUUUUUUAAUACAGGCUUUGUGUUCUAUAACAAGGCUACACAGGUAGAGUGGGGAUCCUUCUAAAGGUGGGGGUGAACUCACCAUGCAGCUGAGCUCCACAGCGCCCUUGAGAGCCCCCUGAGCAUAUCAAGUAGUUGAGGUGCUGACUUUGUUGUGCUUUGAAAAAUUAACUCCCAGUUUUCUGCAUAAAUUCUUGAACAGAAUGAAGUUACAUCUCCAUUUUUAAAAAUAUCUUCAGAUGUCUACUGUUGAGUAAAGAACUUUGGAUUCUGAUUGCUAUUACUUGAAUAGAAAAUGCUUACUCAUUCUGUGUAAAGAGUUUACAACAGAGUGGGUUCUUUAUUCUGUAAUCAAAAAGCAAUAACUUAAAAUUCACUCACUUUGUAAUAUUGUAAGUCAGAAUUAUACAGGCUUUACC